AUGGUCGCAACAUGCCUCUUCAAGAAAACGUCGAUUCUCUUGUUCUCGAUAGUGAAACAAUUACCUGAUCAAUAUCGAACUAUAUCAAACAGAGAAAUAGAUAAGAAGGAACUGGCAUUAUUUUCUGGAAACAAAACAUUAUUAAAUAAAGAACAACAGAUGCUUAUCAAUAGAUCAUUUAGAACAGGCAAAAGAUGGUCGUUAAUAUAUAAAGCAACUGAACAUGGUUUCAGUUCAGGUGAUUUUCAUCGCCUUUGUGAUAAUCAUGGUGCUACCCUUACUUUAAUUGAAACACGUCGUCGAUUACAUAGGAGAAAACAUAAUUCAAUUUUUCGUGGUUAUAUAACAAUACUUUGGUCUUCUCAGCAUCGUUUUCAUCAUGAUCCUCAAACCUUUUUAUUUCUGUUAAGUCAAGAUUAUAUUAUUCGUUGUUAUCUACGAUCAAACGAUCAAAUCGCUGUUUCACAUUAUUCUACAACAGGACCCGGUUUUAGUUUAAAUGAUAUCUAUAUUUGUGAUCAAUCCAAUCAAUGUAAUCUGAGUCAUUCAGAAUUUCCAUAUUCUUAUGAGAAUCUCGAGGAAAAUGGAAAAGGACGAAAAACAUUUUCAAAAUCGAAUCAUUUCUGCGUCCAUGAAAUUGAAUUAUACGCGGCAAUUGCUUGA